AUGAGCAAUUCAGACUUGAUGGUGGAUGAAGUGAUGUACACCGGUGUGCUGGCACUGGAGUUUGUGUCGGAGUGGAGUUCGUUCUUGAGCAAAGUUCAAUAUUCCUCUUACCUCCUGGCUUAUUACUCUGACUAUCACGCUGCGGUGGACAAAUCAAUAGUGGAUACCACCGUGUUUGACUUUACAUCUAAGUACGAAGAUUAUCAAUGGGAGACCUUACAAUAUGGAUACGUGAGUCUUACAAGCAAAUACCCAGAUGUGGUGGCGAUCACUUCGACCCAAACUUUAUUAGAUGAUUUGCUUGAACUUGAUCCUUCUUUUGCUUCAAUGAUGAGUGAAAAGACCAUUCUGGUGCUGCUGCGCCGAGAGAGUGUGAAAAGCGUUUUGAGGGCUAACAUGACCCUGGACGCUAGUUCAAGCGAGGUUAUGCAGCUGAGUUCAAAGACAUCUUCCAGUCACAAUACCACUUCAGAUAGCAACGCAGCAGCACAGGUUGGCUACUAUGCCGCUGGCGGAGUAGCGGGAAUGGUCGCUCUUGCCUUGUUGUAA